AGACCUAGCGACGCGGAGGGAGAGCUGGGAGGAGAUGGACUGGACCAUAUUUUUGGCUGUGAUGGGGGGAGAGAGGAGAACUAAAGGGAGAAAAGGGAAAUAAGGAAAGGAUGAACUUAGAUAUAUUGUUGGCUGUACGGCGGAGCGUGGUCUAGCGUUUGAAAUUUAAAGAAGGCUCGAGCCUACCCUCGACCUGGGACUGAUACUCCCACAGAGGUCCGUCCGGUGGUUUGGUACGGCCUGGCCCACCGGACCUGCCAGAGCUCAGUCGGCCGCAGCUCAGCUGGGCUCCCGGCGCCGCCUCCUCCCAGCCUGCGAUGCCCAGUGCCAGUGGCUACCCUGUUGGACAGCGAAGAUAUAGAACAUUUCCAUCAUUGAAGAACAUUCUGUUGGUCACUGUUGGCCUGGAGAAACUCGAAGAUGACAACGGCAACACGACAAGAAGUUCUUGGCCUCUACCGCAGAAUUUUCAGGCUUGCGAGGAAAUGGCAGGCUGCAUCAGGGCAGAUGGAAGACACCAUUAAAGAAAAACAGUACAUAUUAAAUGAAGCCAGAACACUGUUUCAGAAAAACAGAAAUCUCACAGACACAGACCUGAUUAAACAGUGUAUAGAUGAGUGCACAGCCAGGAUUGAAAUUGGACUGCAUUACCAGAUUCCUUAUCCAAGGCCAAUUCAUCUACCUCCUAUGGGCCUUACCCCACUACGAGGCCGGGGACUUCGAAGCCAGGAGAAAUUGAGGAAAUUUUCCAAACCAGUAUAUCUCAAGUCUCACGAUGAAGUUUCCUAACCCAGAAAAAAAAGUUUUUUUCUGAGAAUGAUGAGCGAACUAGGCCUUAAAUGUAAACCAGACAGCAAAGCUCUUCUUGAUUAGCAGCAAAAAUCCAAAUAUCUUCUUAAAACCUUCGAAAUACUGGUACUCACCCCAUGAUGUGUGCUCACACAUCACUACAGUUUGUCAGGAUCUUGCUGCCUGAGUGGACAACACUAACCCUAGAGGUCAUGGACCUUAAAUCCUCACUGAAGCAUCAUUUGGAAACAAGACUAAGGCCUGUGGGCAGAAGACUGAAGGGUGACAAAGCUCUUCAAGGGAAUGCCGAUCACCAGACAUGCCAGCUGAUAUGAAGAAAUUAGCCAGUUGCUGGAAGUUCUCAUGGCUACUAUAAAACUAUAUACCACCCCUCAGAAUAUUUUUAGGCUUUUUUUUUCAAGUUAUAGAUUUGCUUAAAAGUGGGCUUUUUGUGUGGGCUUUGUUGUCUUUUGACGCUUCCAAUUUCCACAUAAACUCCCCUUAAAAAGCGCAUCAUUGGAUCAAUCAUGGUUUUUCAUUGAAAUUUUAUGAGACCCAUCUCUGCCCCAGACAUACACAUACACAAAAGUUCAUGUCUUAGGUAAAUGCAUAUGUUUAGUUUAUCUUAAAGCCUAUAAUUACUUUGGAUACACUUAGGAUCUGAAAGGCUCACUAGAAACUCAUACUGCAUUCAUUAUGAGAAUUUUACAUUAACAUAAUUAGGAAGUACAUGAGCUAAGCUGGCUUUCAAAUUAUAUCCAGACUGAAAUGGGACAAGUAGAGAUCAAAACACAAAGGACUUAUACCCCUGCAUGUGUGGAUACAGGUGAGAUUCCCCUGCAUGUGUGGAUACAGGUGAGUUUCCCAUGGCAGUUCAUUUGUACGUCAGCGUCAUUCCCUCUUACCUCCAAAGGGGCUGGGUAAUCACCAAUAAAGAAAAAU